GUAGAUUUACUAAAAUCGUGUAGAGUCAAAAAGAAGAGACAAAAAAUAUAUUUGAUGUGUAAAAGUAUUACAACAUGUCAAAUGUGGAUACCAACAAAAUUGUGCCUAUGAAUCCAACGGGUGUGAAGUGUGAACACCAGUUUCAAUGUACUACUCAUCACACAUCCUCCUUCAGUCUUCAAAUACCCAUCUCAACCUGCUGCUUCUGAAGCUGAGACUAAGGACGUUUUCUUUUAACUGGUACAAGUAGGACCAUUCUCUUGCUCCAUCUCAGGUGUCCUAGCUUCAGAGAGUGCACUCUUAAGUCUUAACCAAAAUAAGAAUGAGUGCAUCUGAGGUAACGGCUGAAGCAACAGUGGUACAUGUUAAUCUAAGGGACACACAGAGUAUGCUUGAGGAAGGAGUGAUUGCUUCUUUGGAGUUAAACAAGGUUGAUUAUGCAGUGGAAAGAAACAAAUCACUGCGAGCCCGCUAUUACUUUGGCAUUAUAUUCUUGAUAAUGAAUCUUGUUGCCUGGUUUUUCCGUGACUAUGGCCAGAGUGUUCUACUACCAUUUAUUCAUUAUAUCAAAGUUUGUGGAAAUGAAGGAGAUGAUUGUUUUCAUUCAUUGGGAGUUCUUCGUGUGAGUUUGGGAUGCUAUAUAUUUUUCUUAGUUAUGUUUCUCACUACAGUCAAAACAAGAAAAUUAUGUGAACAUCAAAAUUUGUGGCAUUCUGGCUGGUGGGAAGUGAAGUCUGUUUUAUUGCUUGUAUCAAUGGCACUCCCAUUCUUCUUCCCUUCAGAACUUGUUCAAAUAUAUGGUGAGAUUGCUCGUAUUGGUGCAGGAAUAUUUCUUCUUUUACAACUUGUGAGUGUCAUCCAUUUUAUCACUUGGUGGAAUAAGUACUGGACUCCAGAUGAAGAAAGGAAGCAGAGGUGCUCCCUUGGACUUUUUUUGUCAACGAUGUUUUAUGUUGCCUCUAUAUCUGGAAUUGUCUAUCUGUACACAUCAUAUGCCUCAAGAACUUCAUGUUCUCUCAAUAUAUUUUUCAUCACAUGGACAGUAAUUCUACUUGCAGCAAUGAUGGUUAUAUCCUUAAAUUCAAAGGUUAAUAGAGGUCUUUUAUCUUCAGGAAUUAUGGCUUCUUACGUUGUUUUCCUUUGUUGGAAUGCAAUCAGAAGUGAACCUGCCACCAUAAGAUGUGAGACAAAGAAUCAAGAAAAAGGAAACAGUAGCUGGAUAACUAUCCUUGGCUUCCUUAUUGCCAUAUUUGCAAUCGUGAUGGCAGCCUUUUCCACAGGCAUUGAUUCGAAGUGCUUUCAGUUUUCAAAAAACAAAGUUGAACAUGAAGAUGAUAUUCCUUACAGUUAUGGAUUUUUUCAUAUGGUAUUCUCCCUGGGGGCAAUGUACUUUGCAAUGUUGUUCAUCAGCUGGGAUCUGAAUAGCUCCGCCAGAAAGUGGAGCAUUGAUGUUGGCUGGAUAAGUACAUGGGUAAAAGUUAUCAAUGAGUGGUUUGCAGCAACAAUUUAUAUAUGGAUGCUGAUUUCCCCAGUUGUGAGACAUAACAGAGUCAUGGAUAAUGAUGGAACUGUGCAGGAGACAGCUGAUUCGGUUAUGGCAUGAUUGACAAAGGCAAAAUCAUCAACAUUCUUUAAAAAAAUAAAAUCUUUGCUAUUAAAUUUUUUUCUAUUCCUUAAAAGUCAAUAAUGAAAAAAAAUGAUAAAAAUGCUUUGGGUGGCAGGACCUAACUGAAAUAUAUUAUCAAAGCUAGUAGCAUUGGUUCUCAAAUCCCACUUUGUGCUUAUAUCCUAGGUAUUUAAAUACAAAUCAUGCUUAGUAAGGUACAAUCUGAUGUAAUACAAGCUGGGAUCGGUUUAGCUGUAGUAGACCACAAACUAAUGGUUGGGUUGGUAGCAAUUUUUAAGUGCUUGUUGAUCUUAUUUUUUAAAAUUUAAAUCAGCAAUAAAGUUCCCU